ACAGUGUGGCUUUUUUACCGUAAAGUGUGACGUUCUUGUCCGGAAUGACAAACACUGAACUUCACAUGGGGACGUAGUAGGACGUUUUAUAAGCGAUUCUCAUCAUUAUUGAUGGUACCAAGAACUUCACAAUGUCAGUCCCUGCUUUGCUCAUCCUCUAUGGGAGUCAGACUGGGACGGCCCAGGACACAGCCCAGAGGAUUGCCAGGCAGGCCAUCAGAAAGCGCCUGCGAGUGCAUUUGUCGUCACUUGAUGACUACAACGUUACUAACUUAAUCUCUGAGUCACUGGUUGUUUUUGUCUGCUCAACCACUGGCCAAGGAGACCCUCCUGACAACAUGAAGAGCUUCUGGAGGUUUCUCUUCAAAAAAUCUUUACCAGUUGGAUGUUUGUGUCAGCUGGACUGUGCCGUACUUGGUCUGGGGGACUCUUCUUACCCGAAGUUCAAUUUCGUGGCCAAGAAGCUCUACAAGCGUCUUGCGCAGUUGGGUGCCACUCUGCUGCUGCCGGUUGGACUAGCGGAUGACCAAAAUGACCUAGGGCCCGAUGCAGUGAUUGAUGUGUGGCUAAAAUCAUUUUGGGAAAUAGCGUUUGCACGGUACCCAAGUAUUGCAAAUAUGACCCCACUGAGGGACGAUGAGCCGCUUCCUCCAACGUACACUUUUAAUUUCCUGGAUGAUAUCUAUGAGAAGACGGAUGAUUGUCAAAUAAUUCCCACACAACAAACUGGCCUAUCCCAAUCGCAUCCCUUUCCUGCUAAACUGCUGUCCAAUGAGAGAGUAACUGACCCGAAUCAUUUUCAAGAUGUGAGGCUCAUUGAGUUUGACAUCAUGGGGUCCAACAUAGAUUUUACUGCAGGUGAUGUUGUUGUGAUGCGUUCUUGCAAUGCAGCUGAAGAUGUUCAGGAAUUCUGUCAACUAUUGAGAUUAGAUCCAAAGACCCGAUUCUCUCUUACAGCAACAGAUGGCAAAGCGGUUCCUGCGAGGCUUCGUCAGCCGUGCACAUUGCAUUACCUGGUGGAGAGCUACCUGGACAUUGCAGCCGUGCCUCGUCGCUCCUUCUUUGAACUACUCACCACCUUCUCCAAUGACGAGUUGGAACGUGAAAAGUUGGCUGAGUUCAGCUCAGCUGAAGGCCAGGAAGAACUGCUCGCUUACUGCAACCGACCACGACGCACCGGACUGGAGGUUUUGGCAGACUUCCCCCAUACAACAGCACAACUUAAAGUUGACUACCUGCUGGAUCUUUUCCCUGAGAUUCAGCCUCGUUCAUUUUCCAUCGCAUCCUCUCUCCGGGUUCACCCACACAGGCUUCAAAUCCUGGUUGCCGUUGUCAAAUACAAAACCAAGAUGUAUAAACCACGAAGAGGUCACUGCUCCACCUGGCUGGCCUCACUUGACCCCACAAAAGGAGACGUCUACGUGCCUCUCUGGGUAAAAAAGGGAAUUCUUAGGUUUCCCAUGGACAAAAACACCCCUGUGAUAAUGGUUGGACCAGGUACAGGAGUGGCACCCUUCAGGUCAGCUUUACAAGAGAGGAAUGCUGAGGGCAAAAAUGCCAAUGUCCUGUUCUUCGGCUGUCGAUCCGAGUCCAAAGACUUCUACUUCAGGUCAGAGUGGAAGGAAAUGAUCCAAGCUGGACAGUUAACCCUCUUCACCGCCUUCUCUCGUGAUCAGGAGGAAAAGGUUUAUGUGCAGCACUGUUUACGAGAAAAUCCGGGGCUCAUUUGGGACCUAAUAGCAAAUAAAGGGGCCUACUUCUACAUCGCUGGAAAUGCUAAAGAUAUGCCAAAUGGUGUGUGCGAAGCAUUGAAGGCGGUGUUCCAACAAGAGGGAGGACUCUCCGCUGAGGAUGCCGAGAUGAUGUUGGCGGCCAUGGAGAAGUCUGGCAAAUUCCAGAGUGAGACCUGGUCCUGAUCAGCUGCUGUCAGACCUUCGACAUUCACAUUCCACUGCAGCAGCCAUCGCUGCAUGUGCUGGAUUGUGCCAGUACUGCAGCCAUGCAACAUCCUUGUGAGGAGCAUAGGCCAUGUCUAUGCAUUGAAUUAAAAAAUACAAGGUUUAAAAGGAUGCAAUAUCAUUUGGCAUCUGUCACUGCAACAAUAAAUAAGUACCAAAA